GUUAAUAAUCUAUACUCUCACUGCAACACACACAAUUGCAUAAACCCUGAAACCCUCCCUUGUCACAAUCACUAUUCACAGCGCCGUCGUCGAUCUCCGCCGUAACCACCGUCGUCGUGAAACCCUAUCUCCAUUCACAAGAGAUGAAUAUGUCCAAAACCAACGGCAUAAUCUUCACGAAGGAUCCUUACAUCGAGAAAGCAGAACCUCGCAAAAUCGCGGGAAUUUCAUAUUCGACGCUAUCGGAUAAAGAUAUCACCAAAAUUGGCGAAGCUCAAGUGUGGCAAGAUCGUUACUAUGAUGCAUUUAAAAAGGCCGUUGAAGGCGGCGUGUUGGAUCCUCGUCUGGGCCCUGCUAAUAAGAGUAGUCCUUCCUGUGCAACAUGCCACGGGAAUUUUACUGAUUGUCAAGGGCACUACGGAUACUUACCACUUGCCCAACCUGUUUUCAAUGUCGGAUUCUUAAGUACAAUUGUAAAAAUACUGAAGUGCAUUUGUAAGAAUUGUGCUCGUAUUCUCCUUGAUAAAGAUCACAUCAAGCGUGAAAAGUAUUUUGAGAAAAUGAACAAUCCCAAAUUGGAUGGGUUGCAGAAGAUGGCUGUGUUUGAUGAUAUAAUGAAAAAUUUCAAAUCUGCUAAAAAAGAGUGCCCAAGAUGUGGAUAUAUCAAUGGUUCAGUAAAGCAACAGAGGGCUACCCUGAGCAUUCUUCAUGACUGCUCAAAGGCUAACAAUGAUGACGUUGCAGAGCUCCAAUCAGCUCUUCCUCAUAUAAACAAUUAUAGGGCAUGCAACGACUUGACUUCUCGAACGCUUUACCCUGCCGUGGUUCUUGAAUUGUUUAAAAAGAUGCAUGGCAAGGACUGUACAUUACUUUAUAUUGCUGAAAAACCAGAGAAUCUCAUCAUAACAAACAUUGCUGUGCCACCUAUAGUUAUUCGACCUUCAGUCAUGAUGGAUGGACAGAGUAAUGAAAAUGACAUAACCGAGAAGCUAAAGAAAAUAAUCCAGGCAAAUGCUAUCAUGCAACAAGAAUCAGUUGAGACACAAAAAUAUCAGGACGCUUAUCUUAUGCUUCAAUUCGAGGUUGCUCAAUACAUAAAUAGUGAUGUUAAAGGUGGACCAUACAAUCUGCAAAUGAGCAAGCCUUUAACUGGUUUUAUUCAGCGCAUUAAAGGGAAGCAGGGUCGUUUCCGUAGCAAUCUGUCUGGAAAACGUGUUGAGUAUACUGGCAGGACAGUUAUUUCACCCGAUCCUAAUCUAAAGAUUACCGAGGUUGCAAUACCCAUCCAUAUGGCUCGCAUUUUGACUUAUCCUGAGCGUGUUACACAUCACAACAUAGAAAAGUUGAGACAAUGUGUGAGAAAUGGUCCUGAUAAGUAUCCUGGUGCAAGGAUGGUUAAAGAGGCUGGGGGUAACUCAUGGAAUUUGAAAAUUUUGACUAGGACGCGCCGUGCUGAUGAACUGAAAUUUGGUGAUAUUGUUGAACGCCAUAUAGAAGAUGGAGACGUUGUUCUUUUCAACAGGCAACCAAGCUUGCAUCGGAUGUCUAUGAUGUGUCAUAGGGCAAGGGUUAUGCCUUGGAGAACUUUGAGAUUUAAUGAAUCCGUAUGUAAUCCAUAUAAUGCCGAUUUUGAUGGUGAUGAGAUGAACAUACAUGUUCCACAGACUGAGGAAGCUCGAACAGAGGCUCUUUUGUUGAUGACGGUGCAAAACAAUUUGUGCACACCAAAAAACGGGGAAAUUCUAGUUGCCUCUACGCAAGACUUUUUAACCUCUUCCUUUCUCAUAACUAGGAAAGAUACUUUUUAUGACCGUUCCACAUUUUCACUUAUUUGCUCAUACAUGGGGGACGGCAUGGAUCCUGUUGAUUUGCCAACUCCUGCAAUUAUUAAGCCAGUUGAACUCUGGAGUGGUAAACAGUUAUUUAACAUUUUAUUGCGCCCACACGCAAAUGUGAGGGUCUAUGUGACCCUCACUGUAAUGGAGAAAAAUUACGGCUCAAAGCUUGAUGACAGGGAAAGAGAAUUCAAAACAAUGUGCCCGGAUGAUGGAUUUGUUUAUUUUCGCAAUAGUGAGUUAAUCUCCGGACAACUUGGAAAGGUGACAUUAGGAAAUGGCAACAAGGAUGGACUUUUCUCUGUGCUACUAAGAGACUAUAAAUCAUAUGCUGCUGCUUCUUGCAUGAACCGUCUUGCUAAAUUAAGUGCUCGGUGGAUAGGUAAUCAUGGGUUCUCGAUAGGCAUUGAUGACGUCCAACCGAAAGAUAAAUUGAUCAAAGGGAAAGAAAAAACGAUUGAGGAUGGUUACAAGAAGUGUGAUGGUUAUAUAGAAGAUUUCAAUAAAGGAGAGCUAAAACUCGCACCUGGUUGUGAUGCUGCUCAGACAUUAGAGUCUAAGAUAUUUAGUACAUUAAAUGGCUUGCGUGAUACAACAGCGAAGGUUUGCAUGGAAACAUUACACUGGAGGAAUAGUCCAUUGAUCAUGUCGCAGUGUGGCUCUAAAGGAUCUCCUAUCAAUAUAUGUCAAAUGGUUGCCUGUGUUGGUCAACAGUCGGUUGGAGGUUGCCGUGCUACUAAUGGGUUCAUAGAUCGAAAUCUUCCUCAUUUCCCUAAAAAAGCGAACACCCCUGAUGCUAAAGGUUUUGUUAAAGAUUCCUUUUUCACUGGAUUGUCAGCUACUGAGUUUUUCUUCCAUACAAUGGGAGGGAGAGAAGGGCUCGUUGAUACAGCGGUCAAAACUGCAGACACUGGAUAUAUGUCUCGUAGAUUAAUGAAAGCUCUAGAAGACUUAUUUUUACAUUAUGAUUACACUGUAAGAGAUGCCAAUUGUAGUCUUGUUCAGUUUUGUUAUGGUGAUGAUGGCAUGGAUCCAGCAGGCAUGGAAGGCAAAAAUGGAAAACCUUUAAAUUUUGAUCGAUUAUUUCUCAGAAGCAAGGCCAUAUGUCCAGCUGAUGGAGAUGAUACAAUCUUAUCUUCUUCAGAUGUGCAUAAAGUACUUCAUGAGAAGCUUUCAGAAGUUGGUAUGUCUAAGUUAGUGGAGAAGAAUGCUUCAAACAAUGAUAUAACGCCUGCAGUGGGCUUCUCUACUGAUUUCUUAAAAUCUCUACAAUCUUUUGUCGGAGAAAAUACAAAAUUAACUGAAAGUAUCACCGAGGACGAUUCCAAUAAUUUGAAGAACCUAAAGAACUUUAUUUCGAGGAUAUCUGGAAUCAGUCGCAGACAACUAGAGGUUUUUCUAGAUAUUUGUCUAUCACGUUAUCGUAUAAAAAAAAUUGAGGCUGGAACUCCGAUUGGCGCAAUUGGAGCUCAAAGUAUUGGUGAACCUGGGACUCAGAUGACUUUGAAAACUUUUCACUUUGCUGGGGUUGCAAGCAUGAAUGUUACUCUUGGAGUUCCUCGCAUUCAAGAAAUAAUAGAUGGAGCACGCAAUAUUAAGACACCGAUCAUCACUGCAAUACUUGAGAGGGAGGAUAAUGCAGAAACUGCAAGGGCAGUGAAAGGCCGCAUAGAAAAAACAAAUUUAGGCCAGGUUGCGAAGAGUAUUAAAGUUGUUUACUCUUACACAUUAGCGGCAGUUUUUAUCUCGCUGGACAUGGGCAUAAUCGAAAAGGCAGGACUGAAUAUAGAUGCCAAUAUUGUGAAAGAAUCAAUUUUGCAGACUGGAAAACUGAAGUUGAAGCCAGAGAAUAUUAAGAUUUUGGAUAUUAAAAAGCUUCAAGUGGAACCCCAAGGGUGUAGCCGAAGUGAAAUCCUUUUUCAACUUAAUAAUCUCAAAAAUUUGCUUCCAUCAGUAGUCGUGAAGGGAGUUAAAACUGUCGAACGAACUGUCCUAGAAAUUAAAAAAAAUAAAACCGAUAAUGGUAAAGAAUCUGAGACGUACACAUUACUGGCGGAAGGCGAGGGCCUUAAAGAGGUUAUGGGUAUUGAAGGGGUUGAUGGACAUAAAACUGUUACUAAUCAUAUCAUUGAAAUGAGGAACGUUCUGGGAAUUGAGGCUGCCAGAUAUGGUAUCAUUGAUCAGAUACAGUAUACAAUGAAACAGCAUGGAAUGAGUAUAGACGUACGCCAUAUUAUGCUUCUAGCAGAUAUGAUGACUGUCCGGGGUCAAGUCCUUGGAAUGACAAGACAUGGAAUUCAAAAGAUGGGCAGAAGUGCACUAAUGCUUGCAUCAUUUGAGAGUUCAACAGACUAUCUUUUCGAUGCAUCCUUGCGUGGGAAGGGUGACCCAAUUGAAGGAGUGAGUGAUUGCAUAAUCAUGGGUAAACCUAUUCAGAUAGGCACUGGAAUGAUCGAGGUCAAACAAAGGUUGGAUCCUCCGGUGCUGCCACAAGGAGCCAGGCCUAUUCUAUCUAGGGUUUGAAGUUGUAUAUUAGCAGCAAGAAUGUGGAUUAUACAUGAAGGAUUGCAUUGAAUGUUUUGAGUUUGAGGUUGUAGAAUUUACUCUUGGAUCUGAUUACAUUGAAAAUGGUAGAUUGAAGUAGCAAAAUAGUUAUUGGAAACACACACAAGUGGAGUAGCCGGGUUAGUCCGGACAAAUAAUUUUGACAUUUUUACCAAUUGAGUUAGAACUUGUGGAAUAAUUUAUCACAUUAAUUAUUAGUUGAUUUUGAUUAACAUAGAUGUAAAGUGAACAUAA